AUGUGUUUGUUCGAAGACAUGAAAAUUGAGAAAGAAGAAAAACGAUACGAUAAAUCAAAACAAAAUGCUCAAACUCUUGGCCUUAUUGGGAUUUUUGCCUUAACGAUCUCGGACACUGGGAAUCAACUGAUUUUGGGAUAUGGAUGCGAUGAAAUAAUUUGUCAAUUCUCGAUUGAUGUCGAUGAGAAAAUGGUGAACUAUGUGGACACUGAUGCUUUCAUGUCGCGAUUCGCUGCCAUUGCCACCACACAGCACGCAAUCGAUAACCUCGAAAAGAAUAUUGGAGACCUGGCUGAAGGUUUCAGAAAUAAUUUCACCGUAAUCUACGAGGAUAUCAAGCCAAAUUUUGAUGACUUUGUGGAGAAGAUGACAAAUUUCACGACAUUCCUUGAUGACACCGAUAAAAAGUCGACGAAAUUGAACACAGAUGCAACUCAAGCGGCCAUCGACGCUGAAUGUUUCUACCGAAACCGCACUCAACCAUGGGUGUGCAAUGGAAAAGGAUUUGAG